UUAAAGUUUUGUUUAAAGAACAGCAGUUUCAUGAUGCGUGCGCAUAAUUACAAGAUGGCGAGAGAGCUCAUAAAUUGCUGUCAUUUUUAAAUCCUUAAAAUUCAUCCUGUAUAAAUGGCGUAAAUCGCGAAUCUUGUAGUUAUUGUAAAUUGUAUAUAGUUUAUUGUAUAGUUAGUGAUAAUAUUUUGUGUCGUGAAUUGAAAAAAUAGUGUACAAAUUGUGAAUUCCAAUAGUGUUUGUGUACAGUGGAAAAUAUCUUAACAAAGCCGACGCCGAAGAUCGUAGAAAAUUUCGAGAAAUACAAUUAGUUGAUAUAAGUUGUGCCUCCUGAUCAGCAAUAGAGACACCAAUGAAGUGGUUGGGGGGCGGAGAAGGUGAUGGCAUAAUAAAAGCUGAAAUGGAUCGAGGGCUGCAUCGUACACAAGAUGAUGCUGCAGUUGGUUACAUUUUUCAAAGACCACCAGAUCCGGAAUUUCCUUCAUUCAGUCCAAAGCAGCAACGAUGGGCUGGAGACGAAGGAAUUGUUGAUAACCAACAUGACCAGAAAUGGAAAUACCCCACUGUAGUGAAUAACAAAGUGGCUACUCCUCCUAACAGCAUUUCAUAUAUGGGCAGUGCCGGGGCUGCCGCCGCGGCUGCGAUGCCUCCUCUUUACGAUAUGGGUGGGCAAAAUAUCAACAAAGGUCUCCACGAACAACAAUUCAUUUAUAUGUCAAAUCAGUUGCCGCCACCUCCACCUCUACAUCAUCCACCUUAUUUGCCUCCUCAAAGUUUGACGCAGCAGUUGCACCAACAGAUGAGACAUCAGGUGAGUCAAGGUUUCGACCAAUUACAGUGCGGAUUUGUCAGUGACGGCGUAUUAAGUCUUGUUCGAGGACGGCAACAGAUCGCACCAGCAGCAAAAAAAUUGUGGGGUCUUGAAUCGAAAGAUGGCUCCAGCAAACUGAAUUUGAACCAUUUAAAUCAUGAAGGAGUAUGGAGAGACCCGACUUGGGCAGCACCCGAGCAUGCAGUGUCGGCUUCUUUAGCAAUGAGCAGACGGGCGGGGGGCGGAUUCGCGGGCGGGGGAGGCGGCGACACAGGUGGUGGCGGUAGUAUCUUAUCACCUCGCGGUUCCGAUAACGGCGGUUUGGGCGUAAAAAUGGUGGAAUACGUAUUGGGUACGUCGCCUACCGGUAAAGACAAUACAAUGGUAGGCGUACCUGGUGGCCCGGGCGGUCUAGAACCACGUAUGCGCGCUUUGGUACUACAAGAUUGCGAUAAAGAUAAAGACAAACCGCAAAGUCCUAAAGAAGAAUGCAACGGACAACAAGUAGUCGUCGUCCAAAACGGACAAGUUGGACAAGAUGAAGAAAAAGGCGGUUUCAAUUUCCUUUGCAGUAGAACGCCGGGUAGCCGGCAACCAUCGCCAGCCGAAGAAGAACUCAGCAAAAAUGGAAUGGGUCUAGAUCCCGCAUCUUUGGCGGUAUUGAAGCAACAACCCAACGAACAGCCUUUACAGACGCAUCAUUUACACCAUUUACCGCCGCAUUUGGCCGCCCAUCACGGUGUCACUUUAGCCGAAUCGGUAAAUCAACAAUUCGAACUGUUUGCAGCCGAACAGCAGCAGCAACAACAGCAACAGCAGCAACAAGCUAGCGCUAAUCCUUAUGAGCAACAACAGCACGGUUACGCUCCCCAACACCCGCAACCGCAUCAGCCGCACCAGGUAGAUAGUGCAGUUUUGCAGCAGCAACAGCACAAUUUCGAUGUACAGCAACUCUUCCGAUCUCAACAAUCGCAAGCGGCAACGCCGACGGCUGCGCAAUUACAGCUGUUGCAGCAACAGCAACAACAGUACUUGGCGCAACAACAACAAGCAGCUGCCGCAUUCCCACAACCCCCCUACCUCGUUAAUCCACAACAAGAGCCUUAUCUGAUAACCGCUGGGGUACCAGCUCAGUACUAUGGAGUGGGACCGUGGGUAUAUCCAGCUCCGCCUGCAAAUCUCAUACAACAGGGUGCCAAUAAUGGAGCCAGGAGACCGCUCACUCCUAACGGCACGACUGAGGCCCAACCGCAAGUACAGCCGCAAGUACCUGGAGGCUACAUAGUUCCCUACUACGAUCAGAAUGCGGCGCCCAUCUUAAUGGCACAAGGCGCAGCAGCGAUGCGUAACGGUACGCCGAUGCGUUUGGUAUCGCCAGCGCCUGUUUUGGUACAACCGCAAACAGCUGCCGCCGCAGCUACUAGACAGACACAAGCCGCAGCUGCUGCGCAUGCCGCCGCCGCUUCUCUAUAUUCCAGUACGCCUCAAGGUCUUUAUGGCGCUGCUAGUGUCAAUACUUCAGUCAACGGAACAACACUUGGAGGUGUGGCCCAAGGUGUGGGUUCUGGUCUGUUUCAAACAUUACAUGCUGCUCCUCCAUCUGGUCCAUUCGGUAGCUCUUCAUUGGGAAAUAUCGGAUCAUCUGCUACCACUACAUCUUUGCAUACAGAUAAUUUGACGGGCUUAGGCCUAACGACCACCUCUACAGCUCGAAGGGACUCUUUCGAUCGCAACACAUCUGCUUUUUCGCCAUCAUUGGAAUACAGACAGAAAUGGCCGACGUCAUACAAUAUCGGCAACAGUCCGAGUCCAUUAACGGGAAGUCUGACACCACCACCACCUACUGCUCCUUUACAACUUGGCGGUCUCGUCAAUUCUCGCGUACUAUCCGCUGCACCAGGUGCAGAAGCUAAGUACAGAAAUUCCGUUGCUGCAGGACUGAACACGACGGCCAUUUUCGGUUCGACUAAUAGUCUAUUUACUAAGAUAAAUUCGACAUUGACUACCGUUCCGACAACACUGGAUAAAGGUCCUCAAGGUCGAUCAAGACUGCUGGAAGAUUUCAGAAAUAACAGAUAUCCUAACUUACAAUUAAGGGAUCUGGCUAACCACAUCGUUGAAUUUUCACAAGAUCAACAUGGAUCGCGAUUCAUACAACAAAAAUUGGAACGCGCGACUGCUACAGAAAAACAAAUGGUAUUCAAUGAGAUCUUGUCAGCUGCUUACAAUCUAAUGACCGACGUUUUUGGUAAUUAUGUCAUACAAAAGUUUUUCGAAUUCGGUACUCCUGAACAGAAGACUACACUUGCGCAAAAGGUUCGUGGGCAUGUAUUGCCAUUGGCUUUACAGAUGUACGGAUGCCGUGUAAUACAGAAAGCAUUAGAAUCUAUUCCUCCUGAGCAACAGCAAGAAAUCGUUAGAGAAUUGGACGGACACGUUUUGAAAUGUGUUAAAGACCAAAACGGUAAUCACGUGGUGCAGAAAUGUAUCGAAUGUGUUGAUCCCAAUGCUUUGCAGUUCAUCAUUUCAUCAUUCUCUGGACAAGUAUACACUUUAUCGACCCAUCCAUACGGAUGUAGAGUAAUUCAGCGCAUCUUAGAACAUUGUACACCUGAUCAGACAACGCCUAUCUUGGCUGAACUACAUCAACAUACCGAUCAGUUGAUUCAAGAUCAAUUCGGAAAUUAUGUUAUCCAACAUGUACUGGAGCAUGGAAAACCGGAAGAUAAAUCUCAGUUGAUCAAUAGCGUUAGAGGAAAGGUAUUGGUACUGAGUCAACAUAAAUUUGCUAGUAACGUUGUGGAAAAAUGCGUGACACAUGCCACUAGAGCAGAAAGGGCUCUACUCAUUGAAGAAGUAUGCGGAUUUAAUGACAACGCUCUACACGUAAUGAUGAAAGAUCAGUACGCUAAUUACGUGGUGCAGAAAAUGAUUGACGUUAGCGAACCUACACAGCGCAAGGUGUUGAUGCACAAGAUACGCCCUCAUUUGAAUUCAUUGCGAAAAUAUACAUACGGCAAACACAUCAUUGCCAAAUUGGAGAAGUAUUUCAUGAAAGCACCAGGAUCGCUCAGCUCCAUCGGAGGGGAGCUCGGCCCUAUCGGUCCUCCUACUAACGGUGUGCUCUAAGAACAUUUAAUUCGGAAGUAAAACAUUUCUUUUUAAUCAUGUUUUAUUUAAUUUUGAUUCCAGUAUUUUUUUUUUUCGAGUUGAUUCUUUUAUUUUUUUCCUUGAAUGACUGCCAUGUAAGGUAGUUCAUUUAAAUAUUUUUUUCUUUCGUAAUUUUUUUUAUCAUGAAUUUUUCUACUUUAUUUUUCAUUUUAAGGUUAGUAAUAGUUAAGGUUUAUCAUGUACACAUAUUGUCUUGUAUUAUAAUUGUAAUUUAUGUAAUUUGACUUAUUAUUAUUAUUAUGUUUCUUUUUCCAAUAAUUAAUUGCGUUGAUUGGCUUUUGUUUUUCGACACAUUGCUGGUAAUAGUGAUUUUUUAGGUUUAGUGAGUCCUGAUUUUAUUUUUUUUUUCUGUAUCGUUUCGAUGCGAUUAGGAUCAUUUGAAAUAAAAGCAAAAGACAAGCAAUUAAAUGAAGCAACGUGCAUGUUCAUUUUUGUCUCCUAACGGAAUAAGUUUUCCAAAAAAUAAAAUAAUCAAAAGAUGAAUCUCAUUUAUUAUUCUUGUUUCGCGUCCUAUGAAAAGAAACAAUUUUGUAAAUAAAACGAUUUUUUCUAGGAAGUAAACUGAAUAUUUUCCAAAAAGAUUUGUUGGUAAUUUGUUCUUUCUAGAAAUUAUUGCCCAUUUCUCCUGACAGUAAGUUAAUUAAUGUGAUAAGGUCCUCAGGAAAUAGACUUGAACAUCAUCAGAAUUCAUCAAAAUAAAAUGUUUUCUAAAAUUCGCACGUCAUCCAACACACGCUUGUUCUUUUUUCAAAAUUUUCCCAAAAAACAAAUAUAUGGAAAACAUCUUUUUAAAAUUGCCCCGAUCAAAUAAUCACUAUUCGUAAUUUUUUAAAGGGGUUUUUUUAAAUAAAAUUUUUUGGGAUUCUUUAAAAAUUAUAAUCAACCUAACAUACACGCCGUUUGCAUUUAUAUUAGGACUUAGGGUUUUUAUCAUUAUAUUAGAAAAGUUUCUUAGAUGUCGGCCGCUUUGUUUCGCUAACUAUCGAGAAAAACUUCACAAAUAUUUUUUCAAGAUUUAGAGACACGAGAUUUUUCAACGGCUAAAAUGUAUAAAAUAUUUUUUUCUCAUUGUUAUUCCAUCAUUCCAAAAUAAUAAUUAUCAUAAAAUAAUAUACCAAUGAAACAAGUGUUUUCAAUAAUAUUUUUAUCAUUCACGGGGUAGUUAUUAAACCUCGACAGAAUCAUUGUUUAUCAUUUUCUUUUUAGCAAUUUUAGAAUUAAUUAAGAAAAACACAAAUUAUAAACCAAAAAACUAUUAUUUUAACACUAGUUUGUUUCAACCGUCUAAAAUUUUCUCUUUUUCAUCAUUUCAAUUUCUUCUAUCAAAGUUUGUUAACAUUGCAACCUAAAUGUAUCAAAAUGGACAUAAAUUAGGGAAUAAAUAUUUGUAAAGUUCCAUUAUGAAAUAAAUGAAGAACCAGUACAAAUAGAACAAAAAUCCAUAUUUAUUGAUAUAGCUUCAAGGAUUUGUCAUAGUUUGGUACAAUUUGUUGUGUAAACUAGAAUGUCGUCUUCUAUUUAUUGAUUCAUUAGGUCAGUGGCGGCACUAUAUACCACAUGUGAACGUCAACGAUAUCAGAUUUUUGAGGGCUCUUUCAUUUCAUGAAUAAAAUAAAUGAGUUUUUCGGCUUUUAGUCUAAUUGAGCUCAACAAUGUUAAUUUCAAAUCCUGUUACGGACUUCUUGAAUCCAGCUUUGUAAAGAAUUAAUAGCGACUUGGACUUGAGUAGAUUACCAACUGCCGAUAGAGAGAGAAACGACAUCGGUAUACCACUCUCUAUUUCUCUCUGCUCUAUUCUGAUGAUGGGAUCGAAAUGACGUCGAUGUUUCAACCGGUAGGAACUCCAAAAGAGAAGAAUAACAAGUUAAGAUAUUAUUAACAAGUAGAGGGAGGGUAAAACGAUGCUCUUCCAAUAGUAUAAUUAGACUUACAUGCCGCUCUCUACAUCUUUAACUCUAUGGGUUGGACAUAGUCAUGCAAACCACUAUUGAAUCGUCCAUUUCGGUUUUACCUCGCAUCUCGUAGAUUUGUCGAUGAAUUUUACUUGGUUUAACGGUGUUCGCCUUCAAAAAACCAAAUUUCAGAAAUAAUCAUUUGAAACAAAGCUCUACAACGAACAAUAAGUUCAGAAUAGCUUUCCGAUGUUUUAUUAGACUCAUAGUACAUAUCUCACCUAUUUCAUUCCCUAAACCUCGAUAAUUGCUAAUAUAUUAAAAUCUCCAUUAUUCCAACUUUAUUCUCCUUCACUGUGUUUUGCGAGUACAAAACAACUAAGAACAUAAACUUCAUUACAUUGGAACAGUUGACGUUGGGUUAUCAGUCUGCUGUACAUACAACGCUAACCAACUGGUAUACCAAUAAUCAAGCAAUUGAAGACAUUGAAAACAAUACAUUGAAUCUAACAUUGGGAAAAAGUCGAUAAUAAAAUGAAUUGAAAUGAAGGAAACAAGGAAGAAUGUUGAAAGAGUAGAAGAAAACAAAUAACCUCCAAUUAUGAAUUCAAAUGAAGAAACAGAAGCAAUUGGGAUGCUGUCUUAAGAAUAAUUAAGAUUCAUUCAGGAAGCUAGUACACACCGAAGAACAAAUUCUUAAGAUACUAGAUUACUUCACCAAAUUAUUCAACAAGUACCAAUUCCCUGGAGCCAUCUUCUUGGAUGUCAGCAAAGUCUUCGACCGUGUCUAACAUCAAGGCCAUAUAGUCAAGAUGAAAUAAAUAGGAUGUUCAAUAAGGCAGGUGGAAAUUGGGACACGUAUAGCACGUGUGAGGUAGUGUGACACGACUAGUGCAUGCUACAUAUGCUGCGCGGUGAUCCGCAUAUUGAGACACGCGUUUUCAAAUAAGAAACUGUGAGGUUUGGAUUUGAUUGGCAGUUUGAAACUAUCUGGCAUCAAAUAAUAUCUUGACAUUUUGACAAUCGAACUAAACAAUUGUUGUUAUUGAACUUGAGUUCUGAAUCAGAAUCGGAUGAUGAUGCUGAGGAGGAAAUGUCGUUUUAUUUCUUGAUGAUAAAGAAAUUUAAAGCAUUUGAUAAAUUUAUUCUAUCGAAGAGAAAAAAAGAGUAGAAAAUUCACAAUUACAACUAAAAUGAGUGAUACUGAUUUUGCUAAUUAUUUCCGAAUGAAUUGAAACCAGUUGCUGAAGUACAUAAGAUGAUUCGACAUAAUACCCCAAAUCUGAUUCUUCAGUUUCGUCUUCAUAUAAUCACCAUUUUUUGUAUCGUCAUUCUGUCAUUUCUUUUUUCGUAGAAAAAUUAAGGAAAGACUUGCUAGACACUCACAAGUGUGUCACAACAAACUGUGUCUGCAGACACAGUUUGUGAGCUCACGCGUGUCCCAAUUUGCGCCUAGCCUAACUUUGACGAAACUGCUGUUGUCGAUAGUUUGAUCUGUUCAAAUGAAAUGUGUUUUUUUAUAACAACUUUUUAUUAUUAUUCACAUGAGACUAUUGGAAUGGAACUAACUUUUUUGUAAAUAAUUAUUAUAUUUAAAAUAUCAUUUUCCGAAAAAAGAAUCCCGUUGUUUCUACCUCUUAUUAUUACGUUUGUAAAAUAUGUUAAUUUGUCAUAGAAAAAAAGAAACUAAUAUUUCAGAGAUAUAUUUAUUGAGUUGAUAUCGUAUUCAAAUUGAUUAUGUAAAAAAGACUCGAGGAAAUUUUUAUCGACUUGUAAAAUAAUAAAAUCCCUAUGAUGUAAAUAUAAUUUGUAAAAAAAAAUAUGUAAUUUUUCUUGUACAUAUUGUGAAGGAUUUAACGGUAGUUGAAAGGAAACAUCGCGGGCCGUCCUAGAUCGUUUGGAAUCCUGUUACUCCAAGAAAUCUAGAUAAAUGAAAAGCUAAAGCCGAAAAAAAUUCUUGUACUCUGUUUAUUGCCAUCCUAUUUCAUAUUUGACGCAGUUGCUAAAUGUAUUGAAUUCUUGAUAGCGAAAAGCAACUGUAAUAAAUUUAGUUUUAAUUAAAGCAUAUACAGAGUACAUAUUAACUAAUUAAUAUUUCUAUUUGUCUUGUGGUAUAUGGAAAAAAUUCCUCUUAGACACAUGUAAGCUGUUUAAAUGGUAGGAAGUAUUUUACAAAAAAAAUGUAGAACUUGAUGGCACUUUUUUCUUUUUACAAUUUUAAAUUUAAAUCGUGUAAAUUUUUCUCAGAUUCCAUUUUAAUAUUAACAACAAUUAUCAAUGUCUAUGAUACACUAAACGGACGUUCCAAUUCUGCGAACAUCUCUAUUCAGUAUGCACUAAUUUUUUUUUAUUUAUCGGUGUUUUAAUAUCAUUAAAUGUCACUUGUCGCAGUCGAUUAUUUCCAUUGAGAAGUUAUCAGUACUUUGGGACGUCUCAUAUCUUUUAUUGCAUUUAUGACUUUGUUUUCCCAAGCUAACCUUUAGGAAUAACCAUAUUUGUACACAUUUUCACUGUUAACAUAAAUUUAGAUAAUAUUUAAAUUUAAAGAUCAUGUCUUACAUUGACCGACGAUUAAAUUAUUUCACUAGAACCAAAAAUUGAAGGCAAAUUUCAUUUAACAGUCGAGUACAUAUUUAUAUCAACAAAUCCUUCAAAAAGGAGCCAGGAAGAAAAUAACACGUCCAGUACACAACCUCUACAAAGGAAAUUCAAAUUGUUUCCUUUUUAUUUUUCCAUUAAAAUACUUUUUAAAUCUUAGUUGUCGUUUUAUCAUCAAAAUAGGCGAUACAUUUUUAAAUGAAAUUUUGAGGUUAUAAAACAGGAAAAAAUCGCUGGGGACCAGAUCUGGUGAAUACGUGAAUUUUAGUCAAGGCCAUUAUACGGUGCGUUGUCCUGAUGGAAUUACUUAUCCUGUCUUUACAUUUUAUGGGCCAUGUCCGUCCGCAAGCAGCUCUUCUUAGCUCAUAUGCUAAAGGCUGGGUCCAUUGGCCCAAUCAAAUAAAUUUCUUCGGUAUUUUGAAGAAUCUUUUGAAAUAUAGUAUGAAUAGAGAAAAUUUUUGAGAAAUGCAGGAUUGUAGUGCAAAGACACCUGAAAUUUAAAUGCGCUUUAUCAGAUCAUAAAUUACAAACUUUCAUAGGUUUGGCCUUGUAGUUGUAUCUUUUGAAAUUCUAUUUUUGAAAAACGUUCUAAAUUAUAAAUGAAUAAUGAAACUUGAUCCAUGUUUUAUGCUUUUCAUCGGUGCAAGUAGCUAAAAUAAUCAAACUAACCACUUACUGAUUACAAUCACGAACUUUUAUAUAAACUGAAUCUCGGUUAUGCGCAUAAGUCGUUUCGUGAAAAGGGCAGUUGACAAAGGUUUCUCUCAGCUUUAUCAACUCUACUAAUAAUCUAAGAAUGUUACAAAUAAGUAGCAACUAGGUAUAUCUAUAUUUGGAAAUUAUUCCCUGUCAACUUAUAUUUUUUAUGAAAAUGUUUAUUAGCUAACUUUGAGGACUGUUCUAUUAUAUACAAUUGUAUCCUAUUGGAACAAUAUCUGCGGUAUUCAACCAUGCGUAAAAUAAUUGUUCCAUUUUUUUACCGUUCGAACAUGUUCUUUUAAGGAGUGCGUUGUGAUUUCAUUUUUCUCCUCAUUAGAUGUACUUAUUUAGCCAAAAGCUUGUUCAUAAGAACCGUUAAGUGUGUAGAUCAAUCUUCGGUUUCUACUCUAAUGUGUGUCAGAAACCAUUCUGUAAUGCUCUGAAUUCUUUGAAUAUGUUCUUGCAAAUGGAAUUACUAAGGUUUCUUAAAAAAAUAUAUUUUCGUUUGUACAUUUGUCAGACAUGAUCUUUAAUAUCACCGAUAAUCCAAAUAAAACCAUAAUUUCGGUUAUCUUUAGUAAGUGUACACGAUUCCGAGUUUUUGUAUUAUAUUGUAAUAUAGUUUCGUUCGUAACAUUUCCGAUAUAUAAAAAAUAACACCAUUUAACAACCAUCCGUCAUUUUUAAAUGUAACUAGGUAAUUUGUACGCUUACCAAUGAUAACCAUACGGGCAAAAUCUGGACCAGAUCUCGAUAUUUUGAAUAAAACGGUUCAAUUUCAACCAUUUUUGAAGAUUGGUAAGAAACUAGAUUAUUUAAAAACCUAAAUCUGGUUGUUGUUUUGUCUAAUGUGAAAUUUAACAAUUUCAAUGUGCAUUUGUAGUAAUUAGUGAGAACAUACAGUAGGCGAAAAUUCGAAAAUUAUCAUUUCUACGGUUUUUAAUGAUUAUAUCCAUUUUGUGACCCAAUUGUUUUUAUUCACGAUUCACAAAUUAUGUUUAUUAAAUUCUAGAGCUAAUAGGAUACAAUAAAUCCCGAAAUAUAAACAUUGUGGUAGAUAUUUCGGAAAUAUACCUAUCCAAAUGGUUGUUUCUUUCUUAUUAUACAUCAUCAGUAGUGCUACAGUCUUUCAGGAGGGCCUCGACUGUCUCUAGCAUCCAACGCCAUUUUUUCCGGUCUCUUACAAGAACCAUCCAGUUUACUGCACCAAUCUUGUAGCAUCUUCUCUCUCCAUCUUAGCGUUGGUCUCCCUCUGCCUAUGGUCAGUCCAUUGGUAUGACCUUAAAGUUAUUUUUGUGGGCACGCUAUUAUCGAUGCGUCCUGACCAUCUAAGCCUGCCAAUCUGGAUUGUUGUUAUUACUUCUUCUUGAGGGACUCGUUUUACGUAAUUAUUUUGACAGUUCAAAAUAACAACGAUUGGCCUCUGACUAACUCAUUAUUCAAGUUUAUCGAGGCUCCGAAAUAAACGAACUCAAAUACUACUUCGAUAUUUUCCAAUUGUAUUAUUUAGAAUCGCAUUUCUAGCCCUGCGCUUUUUUUCGCAGCCUUAAAACUUUGUCUUAUUCGUAUUGAUUCUUUGCAUAAUUCUCAAAAUUUCUUAGGGUUCUAGAGGUCAGCUCUAUGUCGUCUCCGUAGGCAAGCACCUGUAUUGUCGAUUUUGACUACUUUUUCCAGUGCUGAGUUGAAUAGGAGACACGCCUCACGCCUACUGUUGUUUGCAAAGGGUCUGAGAUUUCAUUAUGUUUUUUUUUAACAUAACACACCACAUUUGAUAUUGUUAUCUUUGUCAAAUGAAUAAGGUUUUUGGUAUGUGUAGUUCAUUCAUGGCCUGGUCUUGGAAUACUAUCAAAUAACGCCUUAAAAUCAAUGAAAAUGUGGAAGAUUGUACUCGUAGCACUUUUCAAGUAUCUGGUGUAGUAUGAAAAUCUGGUGUGUUAUUAUACAGUUUUAGGAAAAACGAAAGUUUUAUUUUUCAUUGUAUUAUCAGAUUUUGAAAUUGAUGUAUACAAUUCUGGUCCACCUUGUAUAUUUAAAAACAGGGAGAAAAAUUCCGUUUUUUGUCGUUUCAAAUUGUUAUAGUUAUUUCGAAAAACUUUCUGAAUUACUUUUAAUAAAUUCUAUAUAGGAUAUUUAGUUGAAUAGUUUUGUAACAUAUAAUUGGAUUUGAUUUAUUAGGUUUUUCUGGGAUUCCAAUUUUCUCAAAAUAAUUAUAUUUAGCUCAAGUUUAUUACUACGAUAGAACAUUGGAAGUUAUUAAUUUUAUUUUUCUCUUGAUACUUACAAAUAUUCAAAUGAAACAGUGAAAAGUUACGUAUUAUGGCUGACGUAAUCAAAAUAUCUUUUUCUAAUUUUCCUUAGCUGAAAUUAAAGGUUUCGUCAGUGGGAUCUGGUCUUUAAGGACACCUACUUAUAUCCCCCCCUCACUUUCCUAGUGAUAUGUAUAUAUUAUAAUAAAAAUAAUUACGAUGUUUUAUGUGUUGAGAUCAUUAUUAAAUUGUAUCACAUGUAUUUAUAUAGAAACAUAAAAAGUGUUUAAUAGUGUAAUAAUGUAAGAUAUCCAAUUUUGUACUUAGAAAUUAUUUGUAUUUUGUAAUUUUUAACCAUAACUUUAAAGGGCGUACGGCUGUUUUCGGUUGACAGUUUAAAUUUAAAAAAAAAAUGUUUACAAAAUCUCAUGCUUGAAUAAUGGAUAAUUUUUAAAACAUAUCUAUCUUUGAAACGAUUCAAUCUAUAGUAUGUUGUAUAUUUUUUGAUAAAAAUCGCAAUGCUUGACAUAUAUGCAAAUUUUCUUAUAUAUAUAUAAACAUACCAGGUAUUAAUGAUACUGUUGCCGAAAACUGUUGCGUUCUAUAAGAAAAAUAAAACAGUGUGGAGGGGAAUAAAGGGUAAGAUGGCCAUUUCCUUUGAAGAUGGCAGACUGAUGUAAAGAUUACUAAAACAAAAAGAUGUAAAGUGUAAAUUCCGUUUUGGUUUUCACGUUGUAAAACUGUAUAAUACAUGUGUAAAAAUAUGAGCCGUACUGGUAUCAUGUAAUUAAAUUUGUAAACUAUUGUAUUUCUAAAAUUUUUGGGACAGUCUGUUUCAUUGUAAUUUUGAGAGGCGGAUUACCGAACGGUAAAUCCGCCCCGCUUUGUAGGGUAGCUGGAUGGGGAUCACAAUUAUCUCGAGUCGUUUCUAUAAGAAAUAAGCCGAACAACGCCAAACAAUUGCCAAUAACAAAAUUUUUCUUUAACGUUAAUAAACUGUAAGAUUGUUACAUAUAGGGAUUGUUACUCAAAUUUUUGCAAUUAUCUCCCUAAUAAUUUUAACAAUUUUUUAAACUAUUGAUCUUGCAAAAGUACUGAUUAUAUGUUACUGAAACAUCUAUUGGUGUCGUUUGAAAACUUUACGAAAACCAAAAUCACGUUUUAAUGAUAUCAGAAUAAAUUUAACAAUUUGGUGAUACAAUGAGAACAAGUGUGACAAAAAAAUCAUGGCAUAUCACAAUUUUGAAAAUAACAAUUCAAAUCAAAAUUCGAAAAGGGAAAUAACAGAGAAAACAGCUCGAAAAGCACUUCUCCCUAUUUUGAGACAGACUAGCUAGUUCAUGCUGAUUUUUUGGGUGAUUCACAAUAAAUGGAGUAGAUUUUGUUUAUAAAAAUUUGGAAAUAGUUUACGACUCCAACUUCAUUGACUGCGGCACUUAAUGCUAGCUAAAGCCUUUGCAUCAUACAAUGCCAAACAAUAAUUGCUUGGAAAUUUCAAUCAGCCUUUUUGCAACACGUGUUUUUUACCUAACAUUACGGAAAAAAUUAUCAAAUCUGACAAAAUAAAAAAGGUCAAUGAUUUUACCACUCACUGUAUGCUUUUAGAUGAAAAAAAAUUACAUCUCUUAGCUAUAAAAUUACUAAAUAAUUUUUGAGCUUUCCACUUUUUUAUGAACUUGAACUAUAACGAAAGCAGAUAUGGCUAAGAUUUAAUUAGGGUCGCACAGUUUGAAGAAAGUUCUAGUUUUACCAUUUUUUCUGCAAAUUAUUUUGAAUAUUCUAUUUAUAUUGAUAAUUAUAUAAAAAACGUAGCUUACUUUAUGAAUGUAACUGAUACCUAGAUACGUAUUUCUGUCCAUUUAGUAACAAAAUGGCGAUUUGUUUUUAACAGUUUUUUGAUGUUUUACGAAGUUAUGGCAAUUGUAAUGUUGUAAAGCACCAUCUCGAGAGUAUCAGUUCACAAUACAAUAUGGCUCUCUGCGAAUUACGGCUGUAUAUUAUAUUUAUUAUGCGAUCUGUUUCAAUGAAUGUGUAAAUUUAGUUGUCGAGAAUGCAUGCUAGUUUUUAUUAGGAUGGUAAUAUCCAAUAUGUAUAAUAAUGUAUUUCGAUUUUAUUAUUUUUUACCACAGUAGUAAUAAAUCAAUAAAUAAUUCAAUAUUCGCUUAUGUUCUCUUUUUGUUUCUUCUAAUUUUUCUCUAUGUACACACUUUUUAAGAUAGAGCUUUUUUUCGUUUUUUUUUUCUUUAGUUUUUUAUAUUAGCAAAUGUUGGGAUUGUCAUUAUUAUCCCUAGGGCUAGACUGUUCGAUAUUGAUUCACAAAUAAAUGUAACAAUAAUACGUU